AUGAUAUCCCGGUCCCUGCUCCUUAGCCGCUCAUUACCACACUCCAGACGUUCGCUUCACGUGUUUCGGAAUACCUUGACCAAGAAGUUGGACUACUACAGUCAAUUUCAGCCGUCCGCUCUCACCAUCCAGCAGUAUCUCGAUUUUGGACUCAAUGGAACAGCUCAAUCGUCCUAUCUGUUUCUGCGGAAGGAAUUGUUGGUUCGUCUGGCAAACAUCAUGCAGGUAUUAUUUGUUGGGAUUUGUAUUUUUAGGUCAGGAAAAAGAGGUUUUGACUUGUAAGAUCAUUUUUCUUUAAAUUACACUAGAUCUGUUUUGGUAGAUGUACCUAAAAAUGAUCUUAUUUGUGUCAAACAGCUAAAAUAUUUUUUUGUAGAAGUAGAAGCCAAAUUAAGGUUUUUGGAACGUGUUCUAGGUUAUUCUUUUAUGCCACUUUUUCAGGAAAUCAGUCUUCUUCCCCCGAUGCUGCUAAAGAUGCCCAGUACAAAGAUCGUCAGUGAAUGGUAUCAACAGAGUUUCGACGAUCUUCUGGCCUUUGAAAAUGUAGAACCCUCAUUUGAACAGAUUGCUGUGUAAGUCUAGCCUGAGCUUUUACUAGAUUUUUGUUUUGUUUGACGUUUGUUUCAAGUAUAACAUCCUGUUAAAUAUUUUAUUUCAGCUUCAACGAUGCUCUCCAAGGGAUCUUGAAAAGACACGGACAUGUAGUUGAGACAAUGGCCGAAGGUCUUCUUGAACUCAAAGAAGCAAAUGGAGUUGAUAUCGCCAGUGAACGGGGAAUUCAGUAUUUCUUGGAUCGGUUUUAUCUCAAUCGAAUCUCGAUACGAAUGUUACAGAAUCAGCAUUGUAAGUAUCGUUAAUAUUUUGUUAUUUUUGUCUUUAGUGGUGGUUUUUGGUUCUGUAUUGCCUGAGAGUCCAACUCAUGUCGGCUGCAUUGAUCCGGCCUGCGAUGUGGAAGCCGUAGUCCAAGAUGCCUACGAAAAUGCUCGGUUUCUGUGCGAUCGGUACUAUUUGGCCAGUCCCGAAAUGAAAUUGGAGUGCCAUAACACCGUCCAUCCAGACAAACGGAUAACCGUUGUCUCGGUCCCUUCGCAUUUAUACCACAUUAUGUUCGAAUUGUUCAAAGUAAGAAGGUCAUGGUGAAUAUUAGAUUAUAUUUUUAGAAUGCAAUGAGAGCUACAGUUGAAUUUAUUGGAGUCGAUGAAGACCUACCUCCAGUUCAUGUACGGGUUGUAAGAGGAGCAGAAGACUUAUGUAUUUGGGUGAGUUCAUAACUUUAUUUGUUAUGAUGUCGAAUUUAAAAUAAUAUAAAGAUUUGUUGUUGCAGAUCAGUGACAGAGGUGGCGGAGUCUCCAGAACGACCCUCGAGAGGCUCUUUAACUACAUGUACAGUACUGCACCGCCACCACCACGGGAUGGAAGUCAAGCUCCUUUAGUAGGUUAUAUUAUAUUAGGUGACAAAUCGUAAAAAUGAAGUCAAAAAAUUUUAAUUUUUAGGCCGGGUAUGGAUACGGACUGCCGUUGUCUCGCCUAUACGCGCGUUAUUUCCUCGGUGACCUCAACUUGAUGUCCAUGGAAGGCUACGGAAGCCAGGCCUAUAUCUAUUUGAAAGCCCUCCCCGUCGACGCCACGGAAGUGCUCCCCAUUUACAGCACUUCCUCGAGACGAACUCUGACGAUGGGUGCUCAAGCCGCCGACUGGUCCCAUGUCCCGCCAUCACAACGUUGA